AUGGAAGAAAUUGCAGUUGUGCUGAAGAGGUUUGGAGACGAGCAGAGCAGUCUAUUAGAUCAGUUCGAGAGGCUGUCGUUUGAGGUGCAGCUUAACCAAGCGAUACUGGCCCGCAGCCUGUCGGAGCCCGGAGUCGGACCUGGGGCCGGAACGGGUCGAUCCGGGCUCCGAACUCCCUUGAAUCGGAAAGAGCAGAGAGCUGCAGCAGUUGGGCUGACGAAGGUGAAACACGGGCAGGAAACCGAGCCGGAGCGGCGGCGCCGUGGGUCGAGUUUUACUUUUAACAAGCUGUGGAAGAAGCUGCUGAAACCAAUUCUGGGUAGAAAGACGGUCAACAAGGCAACCGCUGCUGCCCCUGCCCCCGCCCCAGGGAAAAGGGCAGACUUUUCGGGUCCCAAAUUGUGCAAGGCUUUCAGCAGAUCAGUGAGGUUUUGA